UCGUCACUGUUUACGUUUGGCUUGUUGAUGGGCCCUGAAAAGAUUCUCCAUCGCUUUUCAACUGCUGAAGAGUUCGGCCUAAUUACCCACCAAAAACCGCCGGCGCCCUGUUUGGAAUUAGUGUAGUACGCUACCUCUUUAACUCCAACACCACACAACGAGGACGGUUCCUUGCUUCCCACACCAUGAGAGUUCGGCCGACAAAAUUGCAGCCAUGGCCGACAUUUCCAUUUUGAGCAGCAACCUAAACGGCUCGGACACAAAAGAAAGAGCGCGAGCGCGAGCCUGUGUCUACUGUAACAAGUCCAAAACCAAGUGCAUAUGGCCUGCUGAACCGGGUGUUGGCGCUUGUCAACGGUGUGCCCGGUUGCAUCGGCCCUGCACGGUCCCUCACACGGCGAAAGAAAGACGGCGCGGAAGAGGUACUCGAGUCGGCCAACUAGAGGAAAAGAUUGACGGUCUCGUGUCACUCCUGAACGCUUCAAGGCAGAUUCAACAACAGUCUUCAGCACCAGGAUCGGCUUCAACAACAUCUGAACCCCCUAUCUCCGGUCAUGAUGCGCCAGACAGCGCAGUCUUUGGUCAACUGCCAACACCGGCGACAUCAAGCCAGGAACAGCCAUCGGCCUCGCGACCCUUUUGUAUACUCCCCAUGAGCUGCCACCAUGUCAAUGAUGGUCACCUUGGAGAUUGUACUGGCCAACAUGCACAAAGUUGCCCUCCUCCGAGCCAUACCACCCUUCAAACUCCAACCUCUACUGCCCUGAGUUCCUCUGGAGGGUCUGAGCCUACAAACAGCUACAUACCGCCAACGGCUUACAUCGAUAUCACUCCACAGCCAUACGGCUACCUGCGCAUAACCAUGGGUGAAGCAGAUCGCUUGCUCAAGUUAUACCAAACCGACUAUCAUCCUCGAUUCCCGUUUGUGCCCAUCCCACGGGAUACAACAGCGCAAGACCUUUUCCAGAGGCAGCCAUUCCUAUUCCGGACCAUCAUUCAGAUCGUUGCCCCUCAGAGCGCCGCUUUGCAACGUGGUUUCACGACUUGGUUUCGUGAGUACAUUGCAACCCAUAUCGUUGUCAAACAGGAGAAGCGGUUGGACCUGCUACAAGCCAUAUUGCUGUUCAUUGCAUGGAGCGAAUCUCAUUACUAUGCUGAAUCAUGGGUGACAACCUUGCACCAGCUAGCAGUCGGUCUUGUGGUAGAUCUGGGCCUCAACAGCCACAAACCCUUCAAGCAGGACGGCAAUGGUGCAAAUCAGUUUGUGGAAGAUGCCAGGCGUCUCAAUGGCCACCGGGGACGGCCGCCUCAUACACUAGAAGAUAUGCGGGCCUAUCUCGGAUGCUUCUAUGUCAGUUCACUCACGGCUGCCUUAUUUCGACAUAUCCCCUUGAUGCCCUGCUCCACCUACAUAUCCUUCUGUUGUGACAAGAUCGAAGCCGAGCACGAAUACAUUGCGGACACAUACCUUGUGGUCCUCAUUAAAAUGCAUCGCAUUCUUUGUAGGGUCAUUGCGGUUUUCCCGGCUCCUGAUUCGGAUGGGAGCGGUACUGCGACCUUCUCCGCAGCCGCACACAUGGCAAUGACGAAUCUACGUGCCGAGCUAGAUGAUUUCAAGUUGCAAGUACCAAGGAACAUUCGAGACAAUUUGUCGUUUGAGAUUGCCUUCCAAGGCAUACUCGGGAGGCUAUACGAACCCGUAGUCUAUAUGGCGUCAUCACCGGUUUCAUCUAUUGACGGCAUCCGAAAGUCAGAAGCAAUGUGGUGCUGCCUGGACGCUGUCAAAGCAACAUUGGAUCUAUAUGCUUCCAUCCCCGUGGCCGACCUCAGUUAUCUACCCUUCAACACCUACUGCCACAUGACAUUCUCCUUAAUUACCGCUACACGCCUGGUUGUCUUGCAAGAUCCGGAUUGGAAUAGCAAGCUCGCCGGCGAAAGCCUUGACUUUGCCGGCAUAACGCAACGCAUUAGUGACCGGUGCGAUCAGGCGGACACUGUGGCCAUUGCAGAAGAAUGGCGGCGAAAGCGCAAAUAUGUCAAUGACACUGUGUCAGUGAUGUCCAUGCACCGCAACAAGCUCCGAUGGAUUCGUUCGUGGUAUCUCUCCAAGACUGCAGCGCCGAAUCCUGCCGCUCCUGAAAGUCACCCGCCGAUACACCAUUCGGAUUCACAAUACCAAGGACAAAUCCUGCCAGCUACUGAGAUGAUCGCAGAUACCGGGAACCCCGCGCCCGUUGAGGCACUGUCCCCUGUGUCAUUCCUAGGCGACGAAUGGUGGCAAGCAAUGCUGGAUGAUAUGAGCUUUCUCCAGCCGUAGAACAGUCAGAAUGAUGGUUUGACUGAUGCUGCAGGCUACCAUCAUUGGGCAAACAUUGCGGAGAAAAUGUUGAGCAACAGGAGCUACAUCCAGUUGCAGCCUGUACGGCAGGGAGCUUUGAAAUCUAACAUGGCGACAGGCUCUUCUGUGCCUUGAUGUUACACGCAGCCCUAGAAGCGCGCGGAAGCUUGAUAGCGCGUCUGCGGUAAGGCGAACAAGAGGAAUGCCUGAGAUGGUUUGAGUACCGACUGGUGGAAUCAUAGGGCUGAGGCGCGUGCUGAGCUCGGGCUGCGGAAACGGGCGUGGGACUUCGGACUCCCGGAAUAGCCUCCUCAAUCACAGAUGCAUCGGCCUAGCUCUCACCGCAUGCCUGAGCAAAAACUAGGCUUCAAUAUUACACUCAUUCCGUUUGGACAACGUGCCUUAACAUCACAGGCUUGGAUGUUCAUCGCUCCAGCAUAGCCGUUCCCGGUGUAGUCGGCGUGACAUCCACGCCGCCGAAUGGAACGAUAAAAUCACAUGGGUCCGUGCAUUCAGCGAUGGUUACCUACCAAGGUACUGUGUACGGUAGGUACCAGCUAAGCGGGUGCCUAGACCACCGAUCCAGUCUCCCAGUGACCAUGUUAACAGGGCCAAUUACCCCUACUGGACCCUUCUAGCAGCGGUCAUCACCGGGCAGGUUUCGAUACGGCCCAGCGGAGCUUGCCACUAUUACGCCCCCAAACCUUCAACCUGCCGCGAUCCGAUAUCUACUCCUA